ACACGCACGCCGCCUCUGUUUGUACACAGUGCGCUCUCGGCUCGCUCCCUCGCUCCCCGCCUGCUCACGCUUCAUUGUUCUCUUAAGUCAGAAGCCCCGCAGCCGGCCGCGGCGGCGCGAGCAGAGCACACAGUCUGCGGGUCCGCCAGCGCGGGUGACCCCGAGCCGCCGCCCGCGCCCGGCCCCGCCCACCGCGCCUCGUCUGGGACCCACCCGCAGAGGAGGCUGAGCCCGCUGGCGACUCCCCGGAGCUCGCCCACCUCCCAGCGCCCCGGAGCGCAGGCAAAAGGGGAAGAAAGAUUCCUCUCUUUGGUCGCCACUCUUUCUUGCUCUCUCCAAGAAUUUGUUUAAGGAGACGCUGCAGGAAAAAGACAUCUUCUUGAAUCCUCUGUCGGGGCGGGGUCUGCCGCUGCCCUGCGGUGCAGCCUCAGCGACACUACCCUCCACUAGGACCCCUGACCAGCGGGGUCACGUCCGAGAGACGGAUCAUGAAGCGCUCGGUGGCUGCUUGGCUCCUGGUUGGGCUCAGCCUUGGUGUCCCUCAGUUCUGCAAAGGUGAUAUUUGUGAUCACAAUCCAUGUGAAAAUGGAGGUAUCUGUGUGUCAGGAUUGUCUGAUGAUUCCUUUUCCUGCGAGUGCCCAGAUGGCUUCACAGAUCCCAAUUGUUCUAGUGUUGUGGAGGUUGCAUCAGAUGAAGAGCCAACUUCAGCAGGUCCCUGCACUCCUAAUCCGUGCCAUAAUGGAGGAACCUGUGAAAUAAGUGAAGCAUACCGAGGGGAUACAUUCAUAGGCUAUGUCUGUAAAUGUCCCCGAGGAUUUAAUGGGAUUCACUGUCAGCACAAUAUUAAUGAGUGUGAAGCUGAGCCUUGCAGAAAUGGUGGAAUAUGCACAGACCUUGUUGCUAACUAUUCCUGUGAGUGCCCAGGAGAAUUCAUGGGAAGAAAUUGUCAAUACAAAUGCUCGGGCCCAUUGGGAAUUGAAGGUGGAAUCAUUUCAAAUCAGCAAAUUACAGCUUCAUCUACCCACCGAGCUCUUUUUGGACUCCAGAAAUGGUAUCCCUACUAUGCACGUCUUAAUAAGAAGGGGCUUAUAAAUGCCUGGACAGCUGCAGAAAAUGACAGAUGGCCAUGGAUUCAGAUAAAUUUACAAAGAAAAAUGAGAGUUACUGGUGUGAUUACUCAAGGAGCCAAGAGGAUUGGAAGCCCAGAGUAUACAAAAUCCUACAAAAUUGCCUAUAGUAAUGAUGGAAAGACUUGGGCAAUGUACACAGUGAAAGGCACCAAUGAGGAUAUGGUGUUCCGUGGAAAUGUUGAUAACAACACACCCUAUGCUAACUCUUUCACACCCCCCAUAAAAGCUCAGUAUGUGAGACUCUAUCCCCAAGUUUGUCGAAGACACUGCACUUUGAGAAUGGAGCUUCUUGGAUGUGAACUGUCAGGCUGUUCUGAGCCUCUGGGGAUGAAAUCAGGACACAUACAGGACUAUCAGAUCACUGCUUCCAGCAUCUUCAGAACUCUCAAUAUGGACAUGUUCACUUGGGAACCAAGGAAAGCUCGGCUGGACAAGCAGGGCAAAGUGAAUGCCUGGACCUCCGGCCACAAUGACCAGUCACAAUGGUUACAGGUGGAUCUUCUGGUCCCUACCAAAGUGACUGGCAUUAUUACCCAAGGAGCUAAAGAUUUUGGUCAUGUGCAGUUUGUAGGCUCCUACAAACUAGCUUACAGCAAUGAUGGAGAACACUGGACAGUAUACCAGGAUGAAAAGCAAAGAAAAGAUAAGGUAAGUCAUUCUGGUGGUUUGAUGACAUACAGAAGUAGAGGAUCAAAUUGUUUAACAAUUUUUAUUCCUUGA